UUGUUUGUUUCUCCACUUUUAUCUUUUUAAUAAUCUCAACUCUUACUUAACCCACACAACCCAACCCAUUUCAUUUCAACCUCAUAGUUCCUCUUCUUCCUUCCCAUCAUCCAAACAACACUUCCAAUGGCAUGCUCAGCUACCACCUCUGCUUCUUCUCUCUUAUCUUUAAACCCUAAAUCAUCACUUUUCUCUUCCAAAAAACCCAAUUCUACUCUCUCCAUCCCCAAUUCUCUUCCUAAACCUUUCUCACUCCCUUCACUUUCCUUCACUCGUCCCUCUCAAAUUCAACACUCUUCUCGCCGCAAUAGCUUUCUUCUUAAAGCUACUGGUGAGCUUCCAUUGGUUGGAAAUGCAGCACCUGAUUUUGAAGCAGAGGCUGUUUUUGAUCAGGAGUUUAUCAAGGUCAAACUCUCUGAGUAUAUUGGGAAGAAGUAUGUUAUCCUCUUUUUCUACCCAUUGGACUUCACCUUUGUUUGUCCAACAGAAAUCACUGCUUUCAGUGACCGACAUGCAGAGUUUGAGGCAAUAAAUACUGAGAUUAUAGGUGUUUCAGUUGACAGUGUGUUCUCGCAUCUUGCAUGGGUUCAAACAGAUAGAAAGUCAGGUGGCCUUGGUGACUUGAAUUAUCCUCUGGUUUCCGAUGUCACUAAAUCCAUAUCGAAAUCUUAUGGUGUUCUCAUUCCUGAUCAGGGAAUUGCAUUGAGAGGAUUGUUCAUUAUUGACAAGGAAGGAGUUAUUCAGCAUUCUACCAUCAACAACUUAGGAAUUGGUAGAAGUGUUGACGAGACAAAGAGAACACUUCAGGCCCUGCAGUAUGUGCAGGAGAACCCAGAUGAAGUUUGCCCUGCUGGGUGGAAGCCGGGGGAGAAGUCCAUGAAACCAGACCCCAAACUUAGCAAAGAUUACUUUGCAGCGGUGUAGCGUGAAUAACAGUUAAGAGUAGCCAUGCGCAUUUGUAUCAAUUAUUGAGUUAUAAAAGAGUAUUAUUUUUUUUAUGUAAUGUUAGUCCUUAAAUUUUAAACCACAGGGUGGUAAUAAUUGCAUGCUGUUGUACUGGAUUUUGUGUUGUACUAUGCAUUAAUAAUUUGCAAUUUCUUUUGA